AUGGGAUCGAACUACAAGUCGCGUCUCGUAUUGACUAUGUCGGCGGCAGUGCAGCUGUGUGAACAAUUGGGUGAAAUGAUCAAAUUUAGUGAGACACUGCCAGAAGGUGCCGAAGCUACUGCUGAGAACGGUGCUCUCAAAUCGGAAGUGUUGGCUUUCGACUCAAGGCGUUACUAUCUGGACCUGAAAGAGAACCAACGCGGGCGCUUCCUUCGCAUUGCACAGACCGUGGCCAAUCCGCGUAUGAGCCGCGCGCAGAUCGCUAUUCCAGCGCAGGGAAUGAUAGAGAUGCGUGACACUCUUCACGAGAUGCUGGAGAAGUACUCGGAGGGAUUCCUAAAUGACGGAAAUAGCACUGAUGCAACAAAAACCAAGCAGCUGACUGCAGACAACAACAAAACGUUUUACUUUGACAUUGGAAAGAAUGACCGCGGGAACAUUUGUCCGCGUGACUGA